GGAUUUGCAGAGGGACGUCUACCGCUGUGCGCCACACUGUUUGGCUUCAGUCAGCGUGGUGCAGCAGCAGAUACACACACACACACACACGCACGCGCGCACACAAAUACAUGCACGCGCGUACAGACACACCUGCACGCACAGCGGACGACAAGUUAAUAAACAUCUAAGAGGACGGCGGGGAAGUUUUACCAGACACAAGUUGGCCGGAAAGCGGAGAGAAUCGAAGAGGAGUUUAGCAACGAGGAGGAAUCUAUUCGGCCACUGGCAGAGGAAAGUCGUGCUGACAUGGAUGUAACUCUCCCUUUGGACUCCGCAGGGGGAAACUGAGAAAGAAUCUCGAAAAUCUUGGGGACUUGUUUUCACUUGAGCAACAGAUGAAUGUUUAAAAAGAAGGAGCCAAAAUGAAGACAGCUGCCAAGGGUUUUGCAAAGUCUACAAUGGACCCUCCGCACCGCUGGGGUUGGUGGAACAGGAGGAUUGUGCUAAUGGUGUAUGUGGCCUUGGAGCUUGUAACAAUUACUUUGCCUUUGGUGCAAGGGACUCUUGAACUGCAGCUAGAUGAGGAACAGCCCGCAGGCACAAUUGUAGGGGACAUUAGUGCGGGACUUCCUCCUGGCAAAACAGCAUCCUCUUACUUCAUCUCAGACCACGAGGGAACCGGCGUGGGGAGUGAUUUGGACAUAGAUGAGAGCACAGGCAUUAUUAAAACCGCCAAAGUUCUGGACAGGGAACUGAGGGACAGAUACAACUUCAUUGCAGUCACCAUGACAGGCAUGACCGUGGAGGUGACCAUCAAGGUGAAUGACAUAAAUGACCACGUCCCUACGUUCCCAAGAAAAAGGGCCAUGUUUAAAAUCCCCGAGCAGACAGCCAUCGGCACCAGGUUUCCUCUUGAGCCAGCUGUUGAUGCUGAUAAGGGCCAGCUUACAACACAGGGUUACGUUAUCAAGGACGGAAAUGUUGGCCAGGCAUUCACCUUGGAGACCAGGAGGGGAAGCAAUGAGGUUCUCUAUGUGGACUUGGCGGUCAAUGCCAUUCUGGACCGAGAGAAAAGAUCCACCUACACUUUAUCUCUGGAGGCCUUUGAUGGUGGUUCCCCGAAAAGGACUGAUCAAAUGACGUUAGAUAUCACUGUACAAGACAUUAAUGACAACGCUCCAAUUUUCAACCAGAGCCGCUACCAUGCCAUAAUAUCAGAGAACCUUCAGCCAGGAAGCAACAUCCUGCAGGUGUUUGCUACAGACGUUGAUGAAGGAGCCAAUGGGAUGGUGCUGUAUGAAAUCAACAGGAGACAAAGCGACCCGGACCGAUACUUUGUCAUUGACUCUCGCACAGGCAUCAUUGCACUCAACAAGCCGCUGGACUUUGAGAUGAGGAGGGUGCACGAGCUGGUGGUGCAGGCGCAAGACAACGCUACGCAGCCGGAGGUGACCAAUGCCUUCGUCACCAUCCACGUCAGAGACUAUAACGACAACCAGCCCACCAUGACCAUCAUCUUUCUCAGUGAAGAUGGCUCCCCGAGGGUCUCUGAGGGCGCACAGCCCGGCCAGUACGUAGCCAGGAUCUCAGUCACUGAUCCAGACUAUGGCGAGUACGCCAAUGUCAAUGUGUCCCUAGAGGGAGGAGAUGGAAAGUUUGCCUUGACCACUAAGGAUAGCAUCAUCUAUCUGAUGUGUGUCGACCAGAUUCUGGACCGGGAGGAGAGAGACAGCUACGGGCUGAGGGUGACGGCAACGGAUUCAGGCACUCCUCCUCUCAGGGCGGAGUCCUCCUUUAUCAUCCAGGUCAUUGAUAUCAACGACAACCCUCCUAAAUUCGAUCAGCCAGUGUACAGGCAGGUGAUCCCUGAAGUGGUGUUUCCGGGGAGCUUUGUACUACAAGUGACAGCUAGAGACAAAGACCAGGGGCCGAAUGGGGACAUUAACUACAGCAUCCUAGAUGACCAUGGUUCUCACGCCAACUGGUUCAGCAUAGACUCCAUAACGGGAAUUAUCACCACUCUCUCCCAACUGGAUUAUGAAAACAACCCCAAUCCCAGUAUCACUGUGGUGGCUACAGAUGGAGGAAAACCACCCCUGUCCUCCACUGCGGUGGUAAACGUUGUGCUUCAGGAUGUAAAUGACAAUGAGCCCGUUUUUGAGAGAAACUUCUACAAUGUGUCCAUCAAGGAGAACACAGCUCCAUGGACCUGCAUUCUUGAGGUGACUGCGACAGAUGCAGACGGCGGCUCCUUUGGCUCCAUCACCUACUCGCUUGGCUCUGGCGUUAGCAGCGUGGUUCCGUCUCAGUUCACCAUUGGCAAGGAGACUGGCCAGAUCUGCACCAGCGCUUCACUAGACAGAGAUCAAGGGCCAGUCAGCUUCGACUUCGCUGUAACUGCAGUGGACGGGGGCGGACUGAGCUCAGUAGCCUAUGUAAAGGUAGACCUGGCCGACAUUAACGAUAACAGACCCGCCUUCUACCCAGUCAGCUACGCUGUCAGUUUGAGCACGCAGAGCGCUCCUGGGACGUCUGUCGUCAGAGUGACCGCCUAUGACCCGGACUCGGGCGAAAAUGGCAGAAUUACAUACAAAACAGUACCUGGAGGGGGCUCCCCUUACUUUACUCUCAACAAAGAAACAGGAGUGAUCUCCCUGUCUCGGUCUGUCUACGGGAAGGCCAACUCUGUCAUCCCCAUGGAAAUCUCUGCGCAGGACGGUGGCGGCCUGGUUGCCCUCGUUAGUGCCAGGGUCAACAUUAGCGUGGUGGCGGGGCUGGUGGCCCCACCUGUGUUUGAACAGACUCAGUACCACUUUUCUGUAUCAGAGGACGUCUUGCGGGGGACAGCCGUAGGCGUCGUCCAGGCUAGCACUAAGACAGGCACCUCUCGAGAUAUCUCCUACACCAUCAGUUCUGGCGACCCAGGGGGCUACUUCACCGUGGACCCUGACACUGGGGCCAUAAGGACCAGUGUGCCACUGGAUCACGAAGACCAGUCAGCUCUUGAUUUGGAGGUGCAGGCCCGCAGUGGCAACCCCCCUGCGUUUGGCCACACGCGUGUCCACAUUGACAUCGCAGACACCAACGAUAACCCGCCGGUUUUCCUGCCCUCGUCCUCCGAGUCCCUGCUGCUGCCGGAACAUACAGAAAUGGGCACGGUGGUGUAUCGUGUCCAAGCUGAGGACAGAGACUCUGGGGUUAAUGGGCAACUCACCUUUGACCUCUCUUCUCCAAGUGGAAUCCAGAGGACCUUUAGCAUAGAGCGCAGCAAUGGAGAGAUCCGAUUGGUGGGGAGCCUCAACUAUGAGAUUGCUCCCCGCUAUGACCUACAGGUGAUCGCCAAGGAUGGUGGAGUGCCACAACUUAGCGCCACCUUUGUGCUGGUGGUUCAUGUCCAGGCCGAGAAUGAUCAGGGACCUGUAUUCGACACCCUCACCUACCGCGUAGAGCUAAAAGAAGGGACUCCGAUAAACACGCGUUUCCUGCAGGUCAGGGCUCUGAACAGAGAAACCUCAGGCUCCGGUUACCUCAGUCCCUUAGCAUACCGCCUUCGUCCAGAUGGAGAUGCUGCAGGCUUUGGCAUUGCUGCAGACAGUGGCUGGCUGUUUGUGAAGAAUUCCCUAGACAGAGAAGUCAAGGACAUGUAUCUCAUAACAGUGCUGGCCAGCCAAGGUUAUGGACAGUUGAAGAAGACGGGUAGUGCCACAGUGCGGAUAUCGGUGACUGAUGAGAAUGACAACUCUCCUCGGCUGACACAGGAGAGGGUCUUCAUGGCCGCGAGAGAAAACCUGCCCGCGGGAACAGGUUUUGGUCAUGUGACGGCGUCAGACCGGGACAGUGGCCCUAACGGACGCCUCAGCUACCAAUUCCUGCACCCUGAUCGCCACUUCCAGAUUAACUCCCACACAGGUGAGAUCAGUACAAGGACUACUCUGGACAGAGAGCAGCAGUCGAGCUACCAGCUGGUGAUGGUGGUUCAAGACGGAGGUUCACCCCCUCGCAGCGCCACAGGCACGGCAUUCAUCACCGUCCUGGACGAUAACGACAAUGACCCUGCUUUCAUCCACAGCCAAGCGGGCAAACAUCUCAUCAUACAGGUGACAGAAGGUCAGUCGUCCGGGGUUUUACUGGGAACGCUACAGGCCAAAGAUCCCGAUGAAGGGGAGAAUGGAACUGUAUUCUACGCUUUGUCAGGUCCCAGAGCCGAGCGUUUUUCUUUGAACCCCAACACUGGGGAGCUGCGUUCAGCGUCCCCUCUGAGCCACUCCGAGCGGGCCGAGUACACCCUGACGGUGACAGCUACUGACAGAGGACCUUCCCCUCGCAGCACCUCCUGCCCCGUCACCAUUCAGGUUCUCAGCAUUAACAGACCAACUUCUCAGACCAAUUCAUUUUCCAUGUCCUUCAACUCUGUCGAGGAGGCCAAACCUGGAUCUGUUAUUGGCUCAGUCCAGAUUCCCGAUAGAGAAGAAACCCCUGAAGAAGGGGAGGUGACCUACACGGUGGUAGGGGGUACGGACCGAGAUGGGACCUUUGUUGUGGACCGUAUGACCGGAAACGUGUACCUAGCUCGUCCUCUUGACUAUGAGCGAGACGCGCGUUACUCCCUGGAGAUUGAGGUGGAUAACCUCUCCGAGGCCCAUCCCAGCAGUACCCUGGUGCACCUGGACAUUAACGUAGAGGACAGCAAUGACCACACCCCUCAGUUCCCCGAGGACCCCAUCACAAUCGUUAUCUCCGAAAACAUGAUGCCCGGCUCUUCCGUCUAUACCUUCCAGGCCACAGAUAAAGACGGCAGUGGUCCGAACAGCGAGCUGACGUACUCCAUUUUUCACCAGUGGCCAAACGCCCCCGGCCUGCUGACCCUCAACCCUUCCACUGGGGUUCUCUCGUUGGGCCGGGAGCUGGACCAUGAAGUGACGCCUAACCUGAUGCUGGUCGUAAAGGCGACAGACUCUGCCCACGACGCCAGCCAGAGGCGCUGGGGUUCUGUCACGGCGAGGGUGUAUGUAACCGAUGAGAACGACAAUCCGCCGGUGUUCAGCUCGCCAACGGCUGUGAGCGUGAUGGAAGACCAGCCGGUGGGGUUUGUGGCGCUCUAUGUCAUUGCCAGAGAUGCAGACCAGGGGGAGAAUGGCAGAGUGACCUACAGCAUCCAGUCAGGCAACACCGGGGGAACAUUUGGCCUCAACACUAACACGGGCUCUCUGUCUAUUUUCAAACCUUUGGACCGUGAGGAACAGGACGUCUUUAACCUCACAAUAACCGCUGAGGAUCAUGGGACACCCCAACGCUCGUCCAGCCAGCUGCUGUGUGUCCAUGUGAUUGAUGUUAACGAUGAGGUGCCCCGGUUUGAGGAGAGCCAGUAUGAAGCCCAGAUCUCUGAAAACCAGCCACCAGGAACUAGUGUGUUGACGGUGUCCGCCUCUGAUCUGGAUCAAGGAACCAAUGGACAGGUGACAUACGGGGGGAUCUCAGAGGAGGGUUUCAGCAUCAAUCCAGGAACAGGCGUAAUAACUACCUCAAAGUGGCUCGACAGGGAGCUUCGGGAGUACUACACCUUGACAGUUUAUGCAAAAGACGAAGGCCUUCCUCCCAAUUAUGCCAAAGCCACAGUGAGGAUCAGAGUGCUUGAUAAGAAUGACAACGCCCCUUUCUUUGGACGACUCUACUACAGAAUAGAGGUGCCCGAAAACCUAGAAACAUUACCUCUUUUUACUCUAAAAGCCACGGACAAGGAUGCAGGAGAUAGCGGGGUAAUCUACUACAAAAUUACAGAUGGUGAUCCCUUGGGGGACUUCCUCAUGGACGGACAGUUUGGUGUGUUGUCCACCUCGAGGUCUUUGGAUCGAGAGAGGAGGGCCGGAUACACGCUGACAGUCACGGCUCAGGAUCUGGGCCAACCUCCACUCAGCAGCUCUGCUACAGUUGAGGUGACUGUUUUGGACAUCAAUGAUCACAGCCCUCAGUUUCAGAGUAGCAGUUACACUGCUGACGUUUCGGAAGAUGUUCCCAUCGGCUCGCUGGUCCUAGAGGUGAAAGCUAUUGAUCUGGAUCAAGGCCCCAACAGCCAGGUGCUGUACUUUCUGAGCAGCGGCUCCAAAAGCAUGUUCAUUAUAGACGAGGACACAGGACGCAUCAUCACAGCAGCGCCCCUAGACAGAGAAAGAACUGCUUCUUACACCUUUGGCGUGUGUGCUACUGAUUCCUCCCCUGCAAACCCACGUAACUCCACUGUUCAGGUGACCGUCCACAUUCAGGACGUGAACGACAAUGCACCCUACUUCAUCCAGGACCCGCUUAUUGUCAACAUCUCUGCCAGCACCGUGUCCAGCCGCCGCGUGCUGGCCACCAUGAGGGCAGAAGACAAGGACUUUGGUGCAAAUGGCUCUGUGUUCUAUCGUUUCGCCAACCCUGUGAGGGGUUUCACCAUCAACUCCCUGACGGGAGACAUCCAGGCCACAGAGAGGCUGCAGGCUCUGACCCAAAGCCAGAGAACUUUGAUAAUUCAGGCCAUGGAUCAGGGAAACCCCGCUCAAUCCUCCUUGGGAGUGGUGAUCAUUUAUAUCAAGGAACAGAGCUACAGAGGGAUUCGCUUCUCCCGCACGGCUCGAGACGUCAGUCUGCAAGAGAACGCUGCAAAAGGCACAGUAGUGACACAGACUGAGGCUAAGUACCCCGAUGGCUCUCAAACUGGUAUCAGCUACAGUUUUUUCAGUGGAAACAGAAUGCAAUCUUUUGGAAUAAACUCCAUUACGGGUGAAAUAUGGGUCCAGAGAUCUGAAGAACUGGACUUUGAGGAGGCCCCUAAACUCCGCCUUGUGGUGAAAGCUGAGACAGCCUCCUCCAGUUCCUACAUGGCUGUCAACUUGAUCCUGCAGGACAUCAAUGACAACUGGCCCCGCUUUGAACUCCAGAACUAUGUGGCCUAUAUUAGAGAGGCACAGGGCUAUGAUUUUCCCAUCAUUCAGGUUUCUGCAGAUGACCUGGACCAGGGACAAAAUGGUCAGGUAACGUACUCCAUCAGGUCAUCAUCCAUGAGCGGCUUGUUUAAGAUAGACCCACUGACCGGCAGCAUCACAACUGCAGCCAUAAUGGACAGAGAGAUCUGGACCCAAACCAAGCUCGUUGUUACGGCAACAGACCGGGGUACCCCGCGGCUGGCUGGCUCGGCCACUCUCACUGUGAUUGUCAUCGACCUCAAUGACAACAGUCCCAUGAUUCCUCUGCAUCGGGAGAUCCGAGUGCCCGAGGAUACUCUGAUGGGCACAGUUAUUACCCAAGUAACGGGAAAUGACGUUGACUCGGGACCGGCCCUCUCUUACACGCUACACCUCGACGCAAAAAUCCAAGGCGUGUUUGGAAUUCAUCGUUAUGGAGGAGGGUUGUCUCUGACUGGCCUUCUGGACUACGAGGACAGGACGUGGUACACUCUGACUGUCCGCUCAUCUGACUCUGUGCAUCAAAGCGAGGCUAACAUCACUGUGCUAGUGGACGAUGUGAACGAUAACGCACCGACCUUUACUCAAGACUCGUAUCAGGUCACUGUAUCAGAGCACCUCCCUGCAGGCAGUCCAGUCAUCACAGUAACAGCCACUGACCGUGACUCUGGAGAGAACGGGAAGAUAACCUACAGAGUGAUGUCUUCAACGAGGAGCGUCUUCCACAUCGACCCAAGCAACGGUACUCUGUUUGUCUACCAACAAACAGAGUUUGAUUUCAAGAAUCCCUACAUCCUGGUGGUAAUUGAGGUGCGGGACCAGGGCACUCCAUCCCUUUCAUCUACUGCCACUGUCCAGGUCCAAGUUUCCGACGUCAAUGACAAUGCCCCAAUCUUCCACCAGUCAGAGUACAGAGCCACUGUGUGUGAAGAUGGGCUUCCUGGAUCAACUGUUCUGACCUUAGAAGCUGUGGACGCAGACCUGUCGCGGGACAACUGUGGCUUUGAUUUUGCCAUUGCCAGUGGAAACUCGGGUAACACCUUCCAGAUUGAGAGCAGCGUGCGCUUCUUGGAAGGCUUGGGCUUCCAGACAGUCGGCAGCCUGAUCCUGGUAGAGGAGCUGGACUUUGAAGCAGUGCCGAGUUAUAACCUGACAGUGGUGGUGUCAGAUCGAGGAAUCCCUCAGCGCAGCUCCAGCGUUCCCAUUCUCAUCAGCGUCACGGAUGCCAAUGACAACCCUCCGGCCUUCGGCCGAGCAGAGUACAGCGCCGUGCUGAGUGAGGGGGCAGCGGUAGGUACGGAGCUCUUGCAUCUGUCUGCCACGGAUCCAGACUCCGCUCCCAAUGCGGAGGUGCAGUACUCCAUAAGCUCAGGGGACGAGACGGACCUGUUCCAGGUGGACCGGUGGACCGGUGCCUUGAGGCUGCAGAGGCCUGUGGACAGUGAGAGGCAGUGGGCCCAUAUGAUUGUUGUCACAGCUACAGACGGUCAUGGUCACUAUGCUUUGGCCACAGUCAGUAUUGAGGUGAAGGACAUCAAUGACAAUCGGCCUUUCUUUCCCCUCAAACUGAUAACAGCGAGCAUCAGGGAAAACCAACCCCAGAAGGCCUUGGUCACCAUGCUGCAUGCAAUCGACCAUGACAGAGGUGUUUUUGGACAGUUGCGGUACUACAUGUUAGACAGCUCUAAAGAGGGGAGAGACGCUUUCCUCAUCAACCAAACAUCCGGAGAAUUACGGACUCGUUCUACUUUUGACUUCGAAAGGGCAAACUCCUUCCAUUUUGUGGCUGUGGCUAUGGAUGCCGGCAACUAUUCGGCUACUGUAACAGUGCAGAUUUAUGUCACAGGGGAGGAUGAAUAUGAUCCCGUUUUCGCUUCCUCAGAGUUGUCAUUUGAAGUUCCAGAGGGAGCAAAGAAAGGUGACACCAUUGGAAAAUUGCAAGCCAGAGACGAAGACGGAGGCGUAGACGGCAUUGUCCUUUACUCUCUAGCAGACAGUUCACCUUAUUUUGAAGUGAAUAAAUCCACAGGAGCUCUUUCCUUGAAGAUGGACAGCUACAAUAGACAUGUGAGUCGCUCUAAAAGGGAGGCGCGUCUAAUGACACUGGAGGUGACCGCUCACAGCCCUCUGGAGACGUCCCGCCGAGCAGUGGCCAGAGUGUCCAUAGAUGUGACCCACACAAGUUUUGGUCUCACCACAGAUUUGAAUAUACUGCUUGUCAGCAUCAUUGCAGUUUCACUCGGGACCGUAGUCAUAUUAAUAGUAAUUGCUGUUGCGCUCUUUUUCGUUAGAUUAAGGCGUCAGAGAAAGGAGAGAAAGUCACACAGGAAACCUCAAGUGUCUGGCACGAUGCUGCACAAGUUUGAGGAAACAAAGAUUGCAGCGAGUGAGAUGAUUUACCAUCAGGCCCUUCCGGGAUACUCGGCUGAUCCGAGCGGCAGCGCUGGGCCUCCGUACACCCGCGGAGGAUCCUCGGAUCCCUCCCACUCCAGCGGCCGCGGCUCUGCGGAGGCAGAGGCAGCAGAGGAUGAUGAGAUCAGAAUGAUAAACGAAUACCCUCGGGUGUCAAGCAUCUCCUCCUCGAUGCAGGAGCGCAUCUCCGCCCGAGGUCCGGACUCGGGGAUCCAGCAGGAUGCAGAUCAGCUGUCGGAUGUGUCCUGCGAGCCUUCCAUAGAUUGGUUCAAAGGAAAGAAACUGGGCAGUCUGAAUGGUACGUUAUUAGCUGGCCAGUUGCCAGUUUACAGGGACGAGGGGUGUGGGUACGGGGGCGUGGGACGGGGACUCAGCAUCUCCCACCCAAAGGAUUACACUUUCCCAGAGGACGGGAAGCCUGCUGUAGACGGCUCCCUGACAGCCGUCGUGGCCAGCGACGAGGAGCUGAGGGGCAGCUACAACUGGGACUACCUGCUCAACUGGUGUCCGCAGUUUCAACCGCUGGCCAACGUCUUUACGGAAAUAGCACGUUUGAAAGACGAGACGACUCCCCCUCACCCUCGCAAGUCGUUUUAUCACAAAGCCAAGGCAGAGUCAAGAAUCGACCCCCCUCCUCUCAUAACCUCCGUGGCCCACCCUGGAGCCAAAACUGUGCCUACGAAGCCUGCUGUGGGCAGGACGUUCCCCCACUUGGCGUCUUUUCGAAGGUCUCCCCUCAGCGCAGAGGGGUCUAUCUCCUCAGUCGCCAUGUCUCCGAGUUUCUCUCCCUCUCUCUCGCCGCUGGCCGCACGUUCUCCCGCAAUCACACCCUUCAGCGUCUCCCAGGGCCCCUCUGCGUCAAUGAUCAGCGCGACCGAACACAACUUAGAACACAGCGAGGAGGCAGAGCUGAGGAUUUGAAACCGAGUCGUUGCUGUCCCAGACUUGUUCUACCGUACGACCACAGGGGCUGCAACCUUAGACGAGUCAAAGGUAUUCUCAUUAUCACGAGCACAGAAGGGCACACUAACUUGUGUUACUCUCUGAAGAAAAACACGACUACAUCACUAACAGGCCAAAUUGGACGAUGCCUUCUUUUGUGUGUGCGUUUUGGAAAAAAACAUCCUCAUUCUUCUGUUGAUCAGUGUUAUUUUGCACAUUUGAAAGGAGAUUCAUACAUGAUGUCAAUAUUUUCUACAAAAGCAUUGUCUAUAUUUUUAUAUUUACAUGUGGUUUCUGACAAGAAAUGGCACUUACGUGUCAUAAGGUUGUUAAACCUUGGAAUAUAUUUCUACAUUUGUAUAUUUGUAGUUUGUACUGUAUACUUGUUGUGCUGUUACUUUGUUUAAUCUGUUGUAAUUAUUAACCUCGAGGUUUUAAAUGAAGCACUUCAUCAAUGCUUUAUCGAUUGGAUUUUGAAGAACAUAUGUUUGUAAAUAUUCAUAGAGGAAGGGACAUCCUUGCUUAAAGAAAUGACACAUGAGUCCAAAUAGACUAUUGUGUGAUCCGAUUUUCCAUGGAUCCAAUGUGGGAUCAAUAUCAAUAUGAAACAUUGAAAAUUGGUCUUACUCAACACACACUACCUUCAUCUUCAGCAAAAGGACAAUGUAACUUGACAUCCAAUGAUCUUGUCCAUCUGGUGCCCUGGCUUUAGUUCUCACAAUGAGCCUUCCUACUCUCAUUGUGCAUUCUGAAUAUGAGGGAAGGGAAAGCAUGGAGCAGCUACGUGGUUAAUGCUACAUUAAGCAGCAGUCUAAUCAUUCCAGAGAAUGUACGACGGUCUUGUUCAUUUAUCUACUCAUCAAAUGUCCCUCACUCAGAUAAUGAAGCGAUGCUACCUAAGCUCUAAUUCAGUGCCAUCUUGACACUGAAAUGUAGGUCUCUUGUAAGCGCUCUUUUCAAUAGCAGUACAAAUAAUACGAUAUGAAUUUAGACUAAUACUAGCAAAUAGAUAAAUAACUUGCAUACAAUUAUGAAUGAAUACAACAGCGGGUGUCGUGGACUCCGCCAGAGAAUGAAUUGAGAAGGAAUUCAUGACAUGAUUCAGAUAAUGCCUGUGCCAUGAAUACAUUUGUGAUGUUGAUGAUAAUUAUUUUUGGCAGCCUUUAAAAAAUAAUGUACAAUAAUGUGUAUUUUAAGUACAUUUAGAACCCCGCUGUGGCCUAAAUGUGGAUUCUUUUUGCUUUCAAAUUAUUGUGAACAUACUCUGUUUGUUUAAUCCCCAGGUUUAGAUCCUUUUCUAACAUUAUUUCAGCAGGAUAACAUUCUAUUCUACACUCUAAGUUCUAUUUAUUAUAUAGGUAGCCCCGAAAAAAUGAGAGGUAUGAAAAAAUAUUUACAGGGAUUCUCUUUUGGCCGUAGCCAAAUAUGAACACCUAUCUCAUAAAAACGUACCUUGUUGUUUGUUUGUUGUUGUUUUUGCUUGUAUUACCUGCAACCUUUCAUAUUUGUCCAAACUGUGAGUAUAUUAGUGCAUUGAAGUUUCUUCGACUGACAAAUGUUCUAGACUCCACAGAAAUGUUUUUGAGCAAAAAGUGCCUGAUUAAAGUACUUAUGUGAACACA